AACACAUUAGAAGAGCCUCUAAGAAUCUCUUUGCUAUGUUCUUACUGAUUAAUUUUGAAAGUCUUGGUGUUGCAGAUGAUUUGGUUGAUGAUACUAGCUCUCAAAGUUCUUCACACUCAGGAACAUAUUCUAACUUGAGUUACUUAUGUGGGGAUGAUCACAAGCCUGAAGCAAGUGCCGCAAGAAGAAAUGCACAUCGUAGCACAACAAGAUUUUACCUUGAAGAAUGUUUAAACAUUGCAAGGAAUUACUGUUACUAUGACCAACGCAAAGCAUUACAUGGAACUAGCUCUAAAAUUAGGAGGCAUGGAGAGCCAAAAAUUAGUGAGGAACCAUUCAUAGGUAGAUGUGUGGAGCCAAUUACUACACCAAUCAUUAGUGGAAGAGGUGAGAAAAAGAUGGUUGUUUAAGACAGUUGGAGCUGUAGAAAACAUUGGGUUUCAAGCUCCUUGGGAGGUGGUUCCUAAGAAAACGUCACAAAUGAC